CGAGAUUCAAGAUGUCAGCCACCGUGUUUGAGAAAGUGUCAAACUUCUCUCAAUUUAGGCGUUUAUUACGCGUAUACAGAACAAAUACAAAUUUUAUUAGUAAAUAUUCUUCAUUUCUGAGCCCACAGGAUUCAUCCCUGAAGAGAAAAGACGCUCAAGAACCAGAUGAUGAGUUUAGAACAUAUGAGAUACCCGGAGCAAAACCCCAGGAAAGGAUGAAAAGGCGCCAACGCAAAAGAGCUGAGGUUCCUCCAGAUAGGUCUCUACGAAUGCAAGUGGAUCAAGACUGGACAAAGGCUUGGCCCACAAACUCCACAUUUAAGCAAUCUGUUGUCCCAUUCCCCGUAAGACAAGGCUUUGUGGAGAAAACAGAUGAAAAUGAGGGUGUUGUCCCAGGAAAGUAUGGGAAUGCUGAACUGAUGAAGAUUCCAAACUUCCUGCAUCUCUCACCUGCUCAUGUAAAGAAACACUGUGCUGCUAUAAAAAAGUUUUGUACAGAGUGGCCAGAAGGUUUGGAAACAGAUGAAAGCUGUGACAAACAUUUUCCUAUCACCGUGACAACAUCAGAUUAUUGUAAAUCAGGGCCCUCAGAAAGAGAUUUCAGAGCCAGAGUGGCCAAGAUUAAGUUUAAAUUAUCAUCAUUGGAGCUUGAUUACCAUGCCAGAGAUAAGUUCAUUAGACUUGUUGGAGAUCGCUAUGACAAACAGUCAGGGAUGGUCACCAUAGAAUCAGAUAGAUGUCCAUUGAAGCAACAAAAUUAUGACUACUGUAUGUACCUCUUGACAGCCCUCUACUAUGAAUCAUGGAAAAUUGAACCAUGGGAGCUAGAAAAAUCUGAGGUAGAUAUGGAACAAUAUUUCUGGGAUAUUAGCCAAUCACGACAGAGUGCUGUGAAUCUGGUAUGCACGAUCAAAGAAAUCACAACCAAACAGAUGGAAACAUCAACUUCUACAGAUGGCGCUGUUGUCCCAAGUACACCUGGUUACCUAGCAACUCUAUCCCAUGAUGCCGAGGAGGAAGCAAUUGUUAAAUUAGGUCCCAUUCAGAAUUACAAACACGCAGUAAAUAGUCUUCAUAAUGAGGGAGAGAGCCAACUCACUGUUGAACAAUAUAAGGAGUCUGUUAGACAAUUACUCAAUUUAAAGGCUAGCUAGUGUUCUGCAUAUAAUAGGGAUAGUGGUAGAAUAGUUAUUUUGCCAAAUUAAUUUAAUGAAGGAUUCUUUUUUGAGGCUAAUAGACAUUGAUGGUAGUAGGGGACAUAUUUGGACAUGCAGCAUAUUGAAAUAAACCAGUUAUGCCAUGCCAUUGAAGUUAUGUAUGCCAUAACUCGUCUUUUAUUAAUUCGAAACUCAU